AUCAAACUACCGAAGAACGGCCAGGUUCCUGCAUGCGACUAACCAGACAUGGCAUUGUAAACUUCAUCAACCACCCACCACCACUUCCUCCAACCAAUCACAGACACUUCGCAGAUAUGCGCACGACGCCCGAGGAAUCCGGGUCGGAGGGUUUGGCAUGACCGUCUCGCCGUUACGCACGUUUCUUUCUACCGACGAUGGGGCUGAAAGGCGCGAGAACCACGUUAGAACCACGUUUCUAUACCUAGCAAGGCGCGGGUGCAGGUGGCCCUGCGUUUUUUUUAAGGCUGACAGGCGGCGUGCGGUACUGGUGUAUGCGGUAUGUUCCGGGUAAGAAUGUGGGUGGAGGUACAUAUACGAAGCUAUAGUACUUUGGAGUAGUGAACCGCUUUGUUAAUUUCUACCAUCUCUUGUCUGCGUGAGGACUAACUACCAGGACACGCUCGCUCACCGUCAUGGUUGCUAUCCAACCCCCACCAGCAAAGGAACCGCACAUAUCCUCCCAACCCAUCACCUGGAAGAACUGGUACAAGAAGAUAAACUGGCUCAACACAACCCUCGUGAUUCUGAUCCCAAGCUACGGUCUCCACCUCGCUCGCUCCACACCUCUCACCCUUCCCACCUUACUAUGGAGUAUUCUCUACUACGCCACAACCGCCUUCGGCAUCACCGGUGGAUACCACAGACUAUGGAGUCACAGAUGCUAUUCCGCACGCCUUCCCCUACGCUUAUUCCUCGCAUUCACAGGAGCAGGGGCAAUCCAAGGCAGCAUACGGUGGUGGAGCGCUAAUCACCGCGCUCACCACCGAUGGACGGAUACAAUGAAAGAUCCCUACUCCGUGAUGCGGGGACUCCUCUUCUCGCAUAUCGGAUGGAUGGUACUGAACAACGACCCGAAAGUUAAAGGACGGACGGAUAUUUCUGAUUUGGAUAGCGAUCCCAUCGUUGUCUUCCAACAUAAACAUUACGGCAAACUGCUGUUGUUCACGGCCUGGAUCUUUCCUGCCAUGGUCGCUGGACUGGGCUGGGGCGAUUGGUGGGGUGGGUUCGUGUAUGCGGGGAUUAUACGGGCGUGUUUUGUGCAGCAGGCCACGUUUUGUGUGAACAGUCUUGCGCACUGGAUUGGCGAGCAGCCAUUUGAUGAUCGGAGGAGUCCGAGGGAUCAUGUUCUCACUGCGUUGGUCACUAUGGGCGAGGGGUAUCAUAACUUCCAUCACGAGUUCCCGUCUGAUUACCGAAAUGCGAUUGCCUGGUACCAGUACGAUCCUACGAAAUGGCUUAUCUGGAUCAUGUCGAAGAUCCCGAUCUUUCCGCUGACAUACGACUUGAAAACUUUCCGCUCGAAUGAGAUUGAGAAAGGUAGACUUCAGCAGCAACAGAAGGCUCUCGACAAGAAGCGAUCGAUGCUCGAUUGGGGGGCUCCACUGGCUCAGUUGCCGGUUAUUAGUUGGGACGAAUUCCAGGCUCAAGCUUCGGCCAAGGGUGCGGCUUUGAUGGCCAUUGCUGGAGUGAUACAUGACGUGACGCCAUUCAUCUCUGAUCACCCUGGCGGUAAGACGUUGAUCAAGAGUGCGGUUGGAAAGGAUGCUACAGCGGUGUUCAACGGUGGGGUAUAUGAACAUUCAAAUGCGGCACAUAACUUAUUGUCGACCAUGCGCGUUGGUAUUUUGCGAGGUGGACAGGAGGUCGAAGUCUGGAAGACAGGUGGUGAGAGAGCCAGCAGAGAUACCAAAGGGCUCGGCGUCGCCAGGGCUGGUGAUCAGAUCACGAGGGUAGCUGCGCCAGCUACGGCGGCCACAGCAGCCUGAACGAUAUGAAGUCGGAGUAUUGAAUUGUUUCUUUCA